GCCUGUCCCCGCGCUCUCCGCCUUUCGGCCGCGGCUCUUGGGCGCCGUGCCAACCUUAGGCCGCCUCUUCUAGGCCCACCCUGCACCCUCUCCCUGCCUCCUUCGCCUAACCUGGAGCCCGGGCGGGCUCCGCUGCGAUGCCCUUCCCCCGGGCACCUACGAGGGCCCAGCUCGGCGACCCGGCUGCGGGCAGAGGCAGCCGUAGAGGCCGCGCGCUCCGGCCCGCGGAGGGGCGGCGCCCGCGCUCGGCGCCGCUUUUACGACAACGUGCGGCUGCGCGGAGUGGCUGACGGCAGAGCCGCGCUGCUCCUGGAGAGGUCACCCUGGAAACGGUGGAGGUUUAGGGGAGUGGGACUCAGUGGCACUAUGUGGCGCGUUUGUGUCCGACGGGCCCAUAGGGCCGCCCCGGGGUCAGGACUCGGGGCGCGGUGGACAGCCUUGCGAGGGGGGCCCGGAGCCCCCCGCGGGAGCCUGCGGUCCGGCCGCGCGCCGGUUCGGUCCUGCAGCACAACGACCCCGGGCUAUGGCGGGGUCCGGGCUCUGGGCGGCUGGAGCCCCAGCUCCGGCGCCACCCCACGGAGCCGCUUACUGCUGCGGCUUUUGGGAUCCCCGGGCCGCCGCUGUUACAGUCUGCCUCCUCAUCAGAAGGUCCCGUUACCUUCUCUUUCCCCCACAAUGCAGGCCGGCACCAUAGCCCGAUGGGAAAAAAAAGAAGGGGAAAAAAUCAACGAGGGCGAUCUCAUUGCAGAGGUUGAAACCGAUAAAGCCACAGUUGGAUUUGAGAGCCUAGAGGAGUGUUAUAUGGCAAAGAUACUUGUUGCUGAAGGUACCAGAGAUGUUCCAGUUGGAGCUGUCAUCUGUAUAACAGUUGGAAAGCCCGAGGAUAUUGAGGCCUUUAAAAAUUACACAUUGGAUUCCUCUGCAGCACCCACCCCACAAGCAGCCCCAGCACCGCCUCCUGCAACUGCUGCUUCACCACCCGCACCUUCUGCUCAGGCUCCUGGUAGCUCGUAUCCUACUCACAUGCAGGUACUUCUUCCUGCCCUCUCUCCCACCAUGACCAUGGGCACAGUUCAGAGAUGGGAGAAAAAAGUGGGUGAAAAGCUAAGUGAAGGAGACUUACUGGCGGAGAUAGAGACUGACAAGGCCACUAUAGGUUUUGAAGUACAGGAAGAAGGUUAUCUGGCAAAAAUCCUGAUUGCUGAAGGCACAAGAGACGUCCCCCUAGGAACCCCACUGUGUAUUAUUGUAGAGAAAGAAGCAGAUAUAGCUGCAUUUGCUGAUUAUAGGCCGACUGAAGUAACUGAUUUAAAGCCACAAGCACCACCACCUACCCCACCCCUGGUGGCCACUGUACCUCCAACUCCCCAGCCUGUAAGCCCCACACCACCAGGCACUCCUGCUGCACCAGCUCCUCCGGCUGGACCUAGGGGAAGGGUGUUUGUUAGCCCUCUCGCAAAGAAGUUGGCUGCAGAGAAAGGGAUUGAUCUUACGCAAGUAAAAGGGACGGGACCAGAUGGCAGGAUCAUCAAAAAGGACAUCGACUCUUUUGUGCCUAGUAAAGCUGCGCCUGCCCCUGCCGCUGCUGUGCCUCCCCCAAGUCCAGGAGUGGCCCCAGUUCCUACAGGCGUCUUCACAGACAUCCCAAUCAGCAACAUUCGUCGAGUUAUUGCACAGCGAUUAAUGCAAUCAAAGCAGACUAUACCUCAUUAUUACCUUUCUAUUGAUGUGAACAUGGGAGAGGUUCUGUUGGUACGGAAAGAACUUAAUAAGGUAUUAGAAGGAAAAAGCAAAAUUUCUGUUAAUGACUUCAUCAUAAAAGCUUCAGCUUUGGCAUGUUUAAAAGUUCCUGAAGCAAAUUCUUCUUGGAUGGACACAGUCAUAAGACAAAAUCAUGUGGUUGAUGUCAGUGUUGCUGUCAGUACUCCUGCAGGACUCAUCACACCCAUAGUGUUCAAUGCACACGUAAAGGGACUGGAAACUAUUGCUAAUGAUGUUGUUUCUUUAGCAACCAAGGCCAGAGAGGGCAAACUACAACCCCAUGAAUUCCAGGGUGGCACUUUUACAAUCUCCAAUUUAGGAAUGUUUGGAAUUAAGAAUUUCUCUGCUAUUAUCAACCCACCUCAAGCAUGUAUUUUAGCAAUUGGUGCUUCAGAAGAUAAAUUGGUUCCAGCAGAUAAUGAAAAAGGAUUUGAUGUGGCUAGCAUGAUGUCUGUGACGCUCAGUUGUGAUCAUCGAGUUGUGGAUGGAGCAGUUGGAGCCCAGUGGCUUGCCGAGUUUAGAAAAUACCUUGAAAAACCUAUCACCAUGUUGUUAUAAUUAAGCCAGGAAUUUUUAGACUCUUCCAGGUCAUUUUGGUUCAUUCUUAUCAGGAUAUUUAUAUGUUAUUAAACACGUGGUUCUUUUAAA